UGUUACAAACCUGUGGUUAACAAGAUGGCUGAAGAUGACCUGUUUGCCAGUGAUUACGAUGAUCCAUUUCCUCUUUGUGAGGAUGAAGAACAGAGAGGUUACUGUGGAUACAGACACACAGACCAGGAUGAUGAGAGGGACGUAAACAGUGAUAAAAAAGAAAAAAGCAUGAAGGAAGAGAUGAAAGAUGAGGUAUCAGAGGAGUUAAAGAAGGACGCUGAGGUAAAAGCAGACAAUCCUGAGGAACACUGGACCAAAGAUCAAGAGUUUGAGGACAGGAAAACAGAGACAUGUGAGGAAGAGAAAACACAGGAUGAACAUGAUGUUAAACAGAAAAACACUGGAGAAGAGCAAAACAAGGAGGAAGAUUUUGUAUCAGCAUACGAAAAAUAUAAAGAAGGUGAAGUGGAUGACAGCUAUACAGCAGCAGGUUUAGAACAUAACGAAACAAAAGCAGAUGAUGAUCAAGAGACCACCACUUUGGGGGUCGCAUCUUUAGAGGACGAUUGUAUUUUGCAAAUGGGCCCUGAUUGUACCAUAGAUCUAGUGAUGGUGUGUGAGCAGUCAGUGGAGAGAUGUAUGAGCGAAGAACUUAUGUUAUGCCCCCCAAAUACGUCAAAUUUACCCCAGCCUCCUAUAGAAUCCCCACCCAGACCUUUAACUCUCUCAUUACCGCCUCAAAAUCCCACCACGCUCUCGUUUCAACCACUGCUCCACACUCAAGUCCCACCACAGGCCCAUCUGGAGGCCCCGUGCUUCCGAAAACGGCCGUACGAUAGAAGCCCUGCUGCGGAGUCCCAAGCCGUGAUGGCAUCCACAGGGCAGGUUGAGGUGACACUGAGGCAGGUGUACACUCGACGCUUAACACGUUUCAACAGCAGAACGGCCCCGCUGCUGCCUCUGCAGUGUGUCGGUGGAGAGACCAGCACACAGACUUUAGCCUCCAUCAGGCCCGAUGCCCCACUGAUGCCUCCGAAGAAGAAAACACGCACUUUUUACAGCACUGAUCAGUUGGAGGAGCUGGAGCGUGUGUUUCAGGACGAUCAUUAUCCUGAUGGAGACAAGAGAAAAGAGAUCGCUGCAGCUAUCGGUGUUACACCCCAGAGAAUCAUGGUGUGGUUUCAGAAUCGUCGAGCCAAAUGGAGGAAAACCGCAAAAGCCACAGCAAAAAAAGUUCCAAGUCGCAGUCAAUCUUGUGUCCAAGUCAACAGGCCGCAAGUGUACACAGGUCCUGCUGUUGCACCUCAGCAUCCUAAGCCUGGAAACACUCUUCCCCCAUACAGUACCUUCCUGACCAGCUGCACCAGUGCCCCAGAUCCAGCCUGUGUUGAUGUAGGACCGUGUGUGUCUCAAGGAGGAUUCUUGGAGUACAUGCCCCCUCCCAUGCACAGUCCUCCUCCGAUACGGCGCGCGUCCCUGCCUCUCAUCACUACGUACAACCCCCCCACACACACUGUUUCCCUGUUGCUGGACACACCUGAACACAGCGAAGCCAGCUCUACAGAUACAACGCCACUGAGCCUGCAGACUGAUACUGGGUUUGACUAUGAUGGUUUGGGCUCCUCUUUAAAGCUGGACUACAUGACCUCUGCCUCUCAAAACAGCUCUGUGAACUUUCAGCUCAAUACGUUCCCUCAGCAGUCUAACACUUUAUUAUCACAGCAAACCAGCACUCUUUUGCCUCAACAUACAAACACACUGUUACCUCAGCAAACCAGUUGUCUUAUGCCCCAACAGACCAACACACUAUUGCCCCAAUACUCCCACCUGUCCUACCUUACACCCUCUCCUUACCUCACACCCAACCCCACUGAAGGCAGCAGUGCUCAGUAUUUACCCCUUACCACGGGUACUAACAGUGCUGCGCCUGCUUACAGCAGUAGUGGGCAUGCCUACCUCCAGUCUCAAACUGGCAACCAAAUGCUGCUGCAAUCAGGAGUGCAUGCAUUUCAGGCCCACCCUUGGACCACUGAUGUGUACGGACAGUCGGGUCAGUUUACACAGGCGGUGUUUCGGCCACAAUUGUCAUCACAGGGUCAUGAGGGCCACUACCCCCAACUGCUUUCCCAGCAACACUAUAUCCAGCUACAAGGUGCGCCCCCUCCCGGCCUAUCCAAACCUAACCCAGAUCCCCUGCUGCCCAACAUUAAGGCAGAAUCUGAAGACACGGGACACAGCCUGCCAAUUAGAGUCAGCGAAGCAGAGCCUACCUUUCAUUGCGAUUUCUCACCUAUUCACUUUUGAUAACAGCAGGGUACAGACUGUGAAGACUUGCAGGCAAUAUUUUUAUUUCUUUAUGUGUUUGUCUUGUGUUUUUCUUUUGUUGUGG